AUGCACUAUGGCGCGGCAGAGGAUCGGUGGACGAUUCCUUCUUCACUUCUCUUGGCAGCGACUACUGUCAUACCUGUUGGUUAUGGAUUUAUUACGCCAACAACGAGAUUCGGUAGAAUUAUCGUUAUAAUUUAUGGACUGAUAGGUGCGCCUCUCGUCUUAUUUACUAUUACUGACAUUGGUAAAUUCAUGAGCAAUUAUAUGUUAAAAGUAUUCUCCGAGUCAGUAUCAAGCGUAUUUGCUCUCUUUUUUUUAUGUGCAUAUCUAUUGCUUGGAGCAUUAUUUUUCGCAAUCGCAUCACAAAUCCCUUAUCUUGAUGCACUAUAUUUUUCAAUUAUUUCUGUCUUCACGAUUGGUUUCGGUGAUAUGAACCCGCCUGUAUCAGUAUUUUCCAUCAUAAUUUUUAUAAUUCUCGGAGUAAUUUUGGUGACCAUAACAGUUGAAUUUGUUGGAGCUGAUGCGAUACAUCGCAUACAUUAUAUGGGAAGAUAUGUCGGUAAGGCGAGAAAUAUAGCUGAUAGGAUAUAUCAGGUGAGUUGUUUCACUGUUUAUAAACUGAUAAUCCGUGAUGUUCGAUUUCAGAUAAUCGAUGAAUUUUAUUGCAUUUUUUUAAGUUCUUUUGGGAGUAUUUCUUAA